AUGUAUUGUCCGGUAUACGGUUGUAAAAGUGACUUUAAAAAAAACACGAGCGGUGUACAUUUUUUUCGGUUUCCAAGUGGGAAAUCAGGACCGCAGCAAAGGAGGAGAAAGGUUUGGGUUGAAUUUUGCAAACGCAAAAAUUUCAAUCCAUUAGCCAACAGUAGAAUCUGUUCGCUUCAUUUUGCCAAAGACGCCUACGAAGCAGGGCAUUCGCCGCAAUUUCUGGAGCGAAUAGAGUGCAAGGAAGCGUUUCGAAUACGUUUGAAGAGCGAUGCCGUGCCAACACUAAAUAAAGCAUUGCCCGAAACUACGACAAGCUCCAGCAAAACAAGGACGCAUACGGAGAAAAGACGACGAAAAAAGGCAAUCGAUGAUCUUAUAAAUACCGGCGAAGUAGAAAGAAAAGAAUCUUCAAGUGAAAACGAAUUUGAAGGACUAGAAAGUCAAAGCGUGCCAAGUUUGGAGCCAUAUGAGGAAUUGCAAAAUCAGCCUGGGACAAGCAAAACGAGUGAGAUGUUCGAGACUGAAAUACUGUUCACAAACUCAAAAGAAAAGUAUACACAGACGUCAAAAAGGAAAACAGCAACAAGAUCAGUUAAAACGCAAACACAAAUGACAUCAGCUUCAAAUUUUUUUCAAACACCAAGAGCGACAAGAUCGGCCGGGACACAGACAGUAAUGAUAUCAGACAUGACUUGCCUACAGGGGUAUUCGACAACUUUGCCUUUACACAGUUCGGAUGCGCAACCGGUAGACAGUGUUACGGCUAUCACAGUAGAUUCGACGAGAAAUUUAGUAACAGAGGUUGACCUUGAGAGCGUCAAGAGUGGCAGUUCGAGUGAAGAAGCAGUCACAUUGCACAGUGACUUGGCAAUUCCAACUGACACAUCACCAACUGAAAGCGAAGAAAGCAGCGAAGAGGACAUGGAUUUUGAAAAACGCAAAGUACUAACAGAUGGAAAACCCCCCCAAGAACAAAUGAAAUUUAUCGUCUUCGAAGAAGCAAUUCUGGAUGUUUUCGGUAAAUGUAUUCAAUGUGGUGAAAAAUGUGUUUUGACCAUAGAAAGUAAAAUUGGCUCAUCAUGCAGAAUUGGCAUCACGUGUUCCAUUCAGUCUGAACAUUCCUUUGAGUGGUCAACUGCUCCAUCCCUGUCCAAGAUGCCAGCAUUCCAUUUGCUGUUGGCAUCUGGCAUUCUUGCAACAGGCAUGGAAUCGUCGAAAGUUCUUCGACUUUUCAAUGCGUUAAAUAUUCCUAACUUGCAGCAACGGGAGUUGUCAAAUAUAUUAAAGAAUUAUGUAAUUCCCGCGGUUUAUAAAGUUUGGCAAGAGGAACAGUCUGCAAGGUUGCGUGAAAUUGAAGGUCAAAAAAUUGUGGUAGCAUCUGAUAUGCGUGUUGACAGUCCAGGUCACAGUGGCCUAUUUGGUUCAGGAAGUACGCUUGACGUAGGAAAAAAUGUUGUAUUGGAUACCCAAGUAAUCAAGUCUACAGAAGUAAAAAACUCCAAUGCAAUGGAACUUGAAUCACUAAAACGACAGCUGAAAUACCUGGAGGAUAACAGAAUUGAAGUAGAAAAACUAGUAACAGAUCGGCACGUUCAAGUAUCUACGUAUAUGGCUAACGAGAAACCAGAGGUGGAACACUCCUAUGAUGUAUGGCAUGUGGCAAAAGGUGAAAAAAAGAAACUGACUAAAGUUGCGAAGAAGAAAAAAUUUAAGAAAAUUAAGCCUUGGAUUGGGUCAAUUAUUAAUCAUAUUUACUGGGUUGCUGACUCGAGUGAAACCGAAGAUGAAAGAGUAGAGAAAUGGCUCAGCAUUCUCAAUCACAUUGUCAACAUUCAUCAACAUGCUGAGCACAGCAUCUUUGUUGAAUGUCUUCAUGGACCAGUUGAAAGAGAUUGGCUUAAAAAAGGCUCAGCAGCUUACAAAAAGUUAGAAGAAAUGGUAACUAGGCCUCGACUUAUUGCUGCAAUCCGCAAGUUAUCUAAGUAUCACCAAACAUCAGGCUUGGAGGCCAAACAUGCUUUAGAUAACUUGUUUGCUUCAAAGAAUACCUAUCACUCUUAUCAUUCCCUGAGUGCAAGAUUGUACUGCUCAAACUUGCACUACAAUGAGAACAGCAAUAGGAAGCAAGCAACAACUGCUGAUGGAAAGUUAAGAUGGGCAAUUUCUUAUCCAAAAGCCUUCAAAGGGGAGAAAGCAGUUCCAAAACCUUUAAAGGAAAAGCCAACCUAUAAAUAUAUACACUUGAUAUUAAACAAAGUCAUUGAGAUGAGAAGCCAGUAUCCUUCACUGAAGAAAGCUAGAGUUUAUGCAAAUGAUAUGCUACCUGCUGAACCACAAUCUCUAGUUGAAAAGUAUUUGGCAGAAAGGGAGAGACCAUCAAAGGAGCAUGUUGUGGCCAGCAGAAAAUCAAGGUUUAGCACACCAGCUUUACCUAUAAGUGAAGAAAGAAGAAAUAAUAAGCCUUGUGCUUGUAAAGGAAAAUGUGCUACUAGAAAGUGUGAUUGCCGGGCAUUGGAAGUGAUCUGUGACAGCAAAUGUAAAUGUAAAGUAGCAAAAAAAUGCACAUAG